UACCAGUACCAGUACAUACAAUAAAUAGUUAGCACUGCUGACAAAACACUAACGGUUUCCCAACUGUUCCAUAAAUAAACCGAAAGCAUAAAACUUAAAAUAAACUCUUUUCCCCCAUCACUCCAUUCUUCUUCACAAUUCUUUUGAAUCCUCUGUUUCCAUGGAAUCAUAAGAAUUAACCAUGAUUAUACUGUUUCAAGGUUCAAUAUGUUACAUUUUGUUCACCCUUAUAGUUCUUGUAUACACUGUAUUUAAUUCUACUACUGUUCAUGCCAAGAAGCACAACAUUCCGUCCACUCUCGACGGUCCUUUUGAACCCGUAACCGCUCCGUUCGACGUCAGUUUACGGGGCAACGCCGUUGAUUUACCCGACACUGAUCCCCGUGUUCAGCGCCUCGUAAAGGAUUUCGAACCUGAACAGAUUUCUGUUGCUUUGUCUUCUUCUUUUGAUUCUGUGUGGAUCUCCUGGAUUACAGGAGAAUUUCAAAUCGGUUAUAAUGUAACACCGUUCAAUCCUACGAGAGUGGCGAGCGUUGUUCGAUAUGGGACUUUGCGGCAUCCGUUAUCUCGUGAGGCGAAAGGGUAUUCGGUUGUUUAUAAUCAGCUUUAUGCUUUUGAUGGUCUUCAAAAUUAUACCUCUGGGAUCAUCCAUCAUGUUCGUCUCACCGGAUUAAAACCUAAGAAAAUGUAUUAUUAUAGAUGUGGAGAUCCUUCUAUGAGGGCAUGGAGUAGUAUUUACUCAUUUAAGACUAUGCCUUCUUCAAAUCCAAGUAGCUACCCUAGAAGAAUUGCAGUUCUUGGUGAUCUUGGACUUACUUACAAUACAACUUCUACAGUUUAUCAUGUGAUUAAGAACAAUCCUGAACUUGUUUUGCUCGUUGGUGAUGUUACUUACGCGAAUCUUUACCUAACGAAUGGAACUGGUUCUGACUGCUAUUCUUGCUCGUUUCCUCAUUCCCCUAUACAUGAGACCUAUCAGCCUCGUUGGGACUACUGGGGAAGGUUUAUGCAGAAACUGGUAUCUAGAAUUCCAAUGAUGGUGAUAGAAGGGAACCAUGAAAUUGAACAACAAGCUAGAAACAAAACAUUUGUUGCUUAUAGUUCUCGCUUUGCAUUCCCAUCUGAAGAAAGUGGAUCUUCAUCCACGUUCUACUACUCUUUCAACGCCGGAGGAAUACAUUUCAUCAUGCUUGGAGCAUACAUUGAUUAUGAUAAAACUGGUAAGCAAUACAGAUGGCUGGAGAAAGACUUGGCUAAUGUUGACAGAUCUCUAACUCCAUGGCUGGUAGCUGUAUGGCAUCCUCCUUGGUAUAGUUCAUACAAAGCCCAUUACAGAGAAGCAGAGUGUAUGAGGGUAGCAAUGGAAGAAUUGCUUUACUCUUACAGCGUUGAUAUAGUCUUAAACGGACAUGUUCAUGCGUAUGAGAGAUCAAAUCGUGUAUAUAACUACCAACUGGAUCCUUGCGGUCCAGUGUAUAUCACAGUUGGAGAUGGGGGUAACCGGGAAAAGAUGGCUGUUGAACAUGCUGAUGAACCUGGCAACUGUCCAGAGCCAUCAACCACUCCUGAUCCUUACAUGGGUGGAUUCUGUGCCAUGAACUUUACAUCAGGUCCAGCAGCCGGUCAAUUCUGUUGGGACCAGCAACCUGACUAUAGUGCAUUCCGAGAAAGCAGCUUCGGCCAUGGAAUUUUGGAGGUGAAGAAUGAGACUUGGGCAUUAUGGACAUGGCACCGUAAUCAAGACUCUGAUAGUCAAGUUGCGGAUGAAAUUUAUAUAGUUAGGCAACCUGAGAAAUGCCCUGUCCACCGCGGCAGCCGAAUUAAACAUCGGUUUGCAUCUAUAUUAAAUAGUUUUAUCAGUACAUUUUCCAUGAUUUUCUAACUGAUGCAGCUGCUACAAACUGAUUCUUCUGACAGAUAGAUUUUACAGAAAUAGAUUAGUUGGAGAAAGAUUCUUUAUAUCAUACCUCUAAUGGAUCCUUCUCCUUAUAACUAACA